GAACAGUGGCAGUCUUACAGCCAUAGAGUUGUCAUUGACUUUGAGUGGAAGAAUCUUCUGGACAAUGAAGCUGUGCGUUGUGGUGAUGCUUGGGACCCUCCUCGUCCUUGCUUACGGCAUGCCUCCGAUAAACAGGGAGUACAACAGCCACUGCCGCUGUCUGCAUGUAGAGUCCAGGAUCAUUCCCCCGGACAGUCUGAGGAGCAUCAAACUGGUGCCAGAGGGACCUCACUGUCCCCACACUGAAGUCAUCGCUGGACUGUCCAAUGGAGAGAAGGUGUGUCUGAAUCCACAGUCUUCCUGGGUCAAGAAACUGGUGAAAUUUGUGCUGGAAAAACAGAUGCAAGGGCCCCCCAAAACCCAAGUGUGAAAUCAACUCUGAGAACCACAAUCUGUGCUUUAUACUUUCAUGCUGUACUGUCACCUGUAAUGGAAUUUGAUUUUAAACUUUAUGAUGUAGCCUACUUAAUCUUUAUUAUAUCUGUUGUAUAUAUUGUCUUUUCUUAAGGAUUGUUUUGUACUCAUUUUAAGAGACU